AUGUCUGGCUCCUAUGAUGAGGCCACACCUUCAGUGGAGGAGAUCACAGACAGCUUCUGGGAGGUGGGAAACUACAAGCGGACGGUAAAGCGGAUUGAUGAUGGCCACCGACUCUGCAACGACCUCAUGAGCUGCCUUCACGAGCGAGCCAAGAUCGAGAAGGCCUACGCCCAGCAGCUCACAGACUGGGCCAAGCGCUGGCGCCAGCUCCUCGAGAAAGGCCCACAGUACGGCAGCCUGGAGCGUGCAUGGGGCGCCAUCAUGACGGAGGCUGACAAGGUGAGCGAGCUGCAUCAGGACAUGAAGAACAGUCUGGUCAAUGAUGACCUGGAGAAGGUGAAGAACUGGCAGAAGGAUGCCUACCACAAGCAGAUCAUGGGCGGCUUCAAGGAGACGAAGGAGGCUGAGGAUGGCUUCCGGAAAGCACAGAAACCCUGGGCCAAGAAGAUGAAAGAGCUGGAGGCAGCGAAGAAAGCCUACCACUUGGCCUGCAAAGAGGAGAAGUUGGCAGUGACCCGGGAGGCCAACAGCAAGGCAGAGCAGUCAGUUACCCCGGAACAGCAGAAGAAACUUCAGGACAAAGUGGACAAGUGCAAGCAGGAUGUACAGAAGACCCAAGAGAAAUAUGAGAAGGUGCUGGAUGAGAUUGGCAAGUCAACACCCCAGUACAUGGAAGGCAUGGAGCAGGUGUUUGAGCAAUGCCAGCAGUUUGAGGAGAAGAGGCUGGUUUUCCUUAAGGAGGUGCUCUUGGAUAUAAAGCGCCACCUCAACUUGGCAGAAAACAGCAGUUACAUCAAUGUGUACCGUGAGCUGGAGCAGACGAUCCGGGGGGCUGAUGCCCAGGAUGACCUCAAGUGGUUCCGAAGCAGCAGUGGGCCCGGCAUGCCCAUGAAUUGGCCCCAGUUUGAGGUCAGUGAGUGGAAUCCAGACCUCACCCAUACCAUCACCAGGAAGGAGAAACUGCCCAAGAAGAAUGAGGGCGUGACCCUGACCAAUGCCUCAGGGGUGGCAGAGUCUAUGGCGCAGGCUGGCGACCGUGGCAGCGUCAGCAGCUAUGACCGAGGCCAGCCAUAUGCCACCGAGUGGUCUGAUGAUGAGAGUGGAAAUCCCUUCGGGGCGGGUGAGGCCAACGGGGGUGCCAACCCCUUUGAGGAUGAUGCCAAGGGGGUGCGUGUUCGCGCACUCUAUGAUUAUGAUGGGCAGGAGCAGGACGAGCUCAGCUUCAAAGCAGGAGAUGAACUUACCAAACUGGGAGAAGAAGAUGAGCAGGGUUGGUGCCGAGGUCGUCUGGACAGCGGGCAGCUUGGCCUCUAUCCUGCCAACUAUGUGGAGUCCAUCUAA